AUGUCUCUGACCAAAGAGAAGUUUAGUUGUCUUAAAGGAGAGAUUAACUACUUAGUGCAGAACGAACGAAGAACUUUAACACCGUGGAGAAAAUAUUUCUUAAAAUCUCUGAAUGUUAUCAAAGAAUGGAAAUCAAUGGAAAUGUGGAUGAAUGGGAUGAUGCAGGAGACAAAGAGCUUCAUGAUGGGACAAGUAGCCAAUGAAUUGUCGAAUUAUGCUGUAUUUGAGGGUAAGAAAAUCCUCCUGGCAUUCCUGCUGAAGUAUCAACAUGAUGAACGCCCUCCACGUGGCAGCUUCUUUCCCGCUGAAGUUGAGGCUGUGAAGGAGAUUGUGAAGAUUGUCAAAGAAUACGAAGGAAUUUGCUAUGAAGAUGGACAAAUUCUUCCUGGUGCAAGAUGCAAGAGAGACUAUGCAGGUGUUGUUGUGGAACUUCGAGCGAAUGAUGUAAAAUUCCGGAAAUGGACAGGAAUGUCACAGAGUCAGUUUAAUAUUCUCCUUGAAGACAUUGAGCAAGAUCUGGAGGACAUUGAAAUGGGUGCAACUGCCCUUCCGGGUGACUUUAAACUCUUGCUCACGCUGAAGCAUCUUGUUCUUGGGCAUUCAGUGAGGAAAAUCCACAGAGACUACCUCCCGUUGGACUAUUCGACUACAGCUGAUCUCCUCUACAACACUUUGCGUAUCAUUGUGGAGCAGAGUGCGGAUUACAUGUCAAGCACGGACACAGCGCAGGAACAACUAAAUGCAAUGUACCUGAAACAUCGAUUGCCCAAUUGCAAGGGAUUCAUUGGGUGUAAGCAUGUGAUGAUCAAGGAGCCAAGAUAUCGCCCCGAAGAGUACCUGAACUACCGGAAUUCUCACUCUGUCCUCCUCAGGCUAACAUGUGAUGCUCAUGGAAAUUUUAUUCAUGCCACAAUUGGCCAGGAAAUUCAAUUGGAGGAUGAUGAAGAGGAGAUUGCGCAAUUGAAGGGAGAAUUUCCACUCCACUGGGUUGGUGAUGGAUCCUACGAAGCCACAGAGCGCAUAAUAACCCCAUAUAGGAGAAUAAAUCUCACGGAACAAGAGCAAAAUUACAACAUGCAGCUCACAUUGGGACUCAAUGUUUUGGAGAGAUCGCUCGCGGCGAUUGUCAAUCGCUUCAGAGCAAUGCAGGGAAAAGUUAAUGCUUACCCAACUGAGGGUGGUCUCCGGGAGGGACAUGCCGAUCUUAUCAUCAAGGCAACCAUUGUACUUCACAAUUUCAUUAAUCACACCGCAGACCGUGAUACCCCCAGGGUGUCCACGGCCAUGCCCCCAAAUUCUGCAAUUUUCGAUCAAGCCCCAAACACAAAGACGUCCUCCGCUUCAAGGGAUGCACAGGAGCUGAGGGAUUCCCUCAGAGAUUACUUCUGGGACACAAAGCCAUUGCUAUAAAGAGGAGCUCACAGGUUCGGUUUCUUUGAUGUUCUUUUUUUUUAGAAUAUUCUUUUAAUUAUUUAUUAUUUCAAUUUUUUCGUUUUAUUUUGUGUAAUUUAUAAAAAUUUUUUAAUUUACAAACCAAAAAUGCUUUAAUAUUUAAUUUAAAAACUUCAUAAUGCACGCCUUAAAUAAAAAAAGAAACAAUUAAAAUUAUGAGAAUUAUAAAAUAAAUUUGCAACAAAUUAAAUGGAAAACUAUAAAUUAAAAAAAAAGAAAGACGUCAAUUUGAUUAAAAAGUUUAUCUAAUUUUUUUCAUGGCAAAAAAAUAAUACCCAAAAAAAUAGCAAUCAUACGUAUUUAAGAGCAAAUCCAAAUUCUAGUCUAAAGUAUUAAUUGUUGAAUUCUUUUUUACCUUGAUACUACACUACUUAAUAAGAAAUUUAGAACUUGAAAUCUUGAGUUGAGAAUUUAAGCCAAUUAAGAAUAUUCGGAAUAUUGAAUAUUUGAAAAAUCCUUUCUUCAAUAUUUUUGUGUAGGUAAUAUUUAUCUGAAAAUUUAUUCUUGUAAUUUUACCUUUAAAAUUUUUAAGAAAAAUAACAGUUUCGUCCUAAGAAUUCUCCUCAGGUGCUCAAAUGUGUCUUGAUCCUAAUAUCCUUUCUCUGUAGUUUUUUUGUUCUCAUUUACAUAAACCAAAAAGAAGAAUCAACGAUUUAAAAAAAUAAAGAUUAAAUGAGAAGAAUCAA